AUCAAAUGUUUGCUUUAAGGGCUUUUGGUUUUCGACACACUACACGUUGACAACUCUGGGCUUGUAGAAAUUAAAUGUUCCAUUUCAUCGGUUUACAACAAGUUGGUUAUAUUCAAAGCACCAAAUUGUAGCAGCAAUGGAGAAUCACAAGGAUCUGGUCACCCAGCGCACAUGGCGCCGCAUCCUGGAGCACCUGACGCCGGUGAAAGGAUACAAGGCGGCGGCGGCUCAGAGGGGAGUCAGCUGGUACCGCGGACUGUCCCAAUCCCAGAUGGCGGCAGCAAACGGAUUGUUCGAUGUCCUGAGGGAAAAUAUGGAUAAGAAGACGACCUCGAAUGUGGCGAAGCUGAUGGUGAAACUGGGACUGCAUCCCACUCCGCCGUGGCAAUCGCUGCACACGGUGAUCAAACUGAGUCGCGGCAAUGAUCUGGCCUUCCUCUGGUUCCUCAUGGAGAUGUGCUACAAGACACAGAAUCACGGCGAGACCUACAGCGUCAACGAGCAGAUCAUCAUGACGGCCAUCUUCCGGCUGGACCUCUUUCCCACUCUGCGGGAACUGGACCGCUGGCUGCCACUGCCACACUCCUCGCAAUCGGAUAGGGAUAAGGCAGACGCCCUGAGGCAGAGAAAUCUGCGCUUGAAGAAGGAAAAGGAGGAUGAGCGCCAAAGGGAGUUGGCCAGAAAGGCGAAGAUUGUGACACCUCUGUCGCCCUACUUCCAGGAACCCAAUAUUCCCGGCAAGCUGCGACACGAGCGAAGGUUGCUCUCUGACUAUCCGGACACGGCAGCCAUUCUAUUUCACAUGGAUGAGGAGCCCAUCGAAGCCUGCCUCUGGUCCCGCUGGUUUGGCAGCUACACCUUGAACGAGGCACACCGGGUGGGAAAAUCCAUAAUCUUCGAGGAGAUUAACAGCAUAUUCAAGUCCUUCAAGGCAGCCUCGUUGCCCACACGCGACUUGGAAUCCUUGUGUACCCAUCAUCAGUACAUACGGGAGAUGGAGAAGUCCUUGAAGGACAAGCUGGAAAUGAUGAAGCGGAGAAAGUGCGAGGAGCUCAUCGAAGCGAAAAACAGGCUGGAGGAGAGAAACCGCAAGCGUGUAAUCCAGGAGCUGGAAGACAUGAGUGCCUGCUACCUGAAGCAGUUCCGGGAAAUGGCAGCCAGGGCCAGACUGGCGUCCACCAGGAAGCAGCUCUUUGGUGGCAGUGAUGAAAAUGAGACCAGAUGUGAUGCUUUCGGGGAAGAAAGGUGCCUGACCUUCGAGGCAGAACGUUCCGCUGAAAAUUAUAUUGGUGAUGGACUCAAAAGUAGUAGUAUUAGACUAACAAGCGGAGCCCAGGCAAAAACCAAACCCAGAUCCAGAUCUAGGUCGAAAUCGAAGAGGAGCAGGUCGAGAUCGAAAUCAAGGAAGUCUGGCAGUGAAACGCAAUCGAUUAAGAAGCCUGAAGUGGUGUUGGAAUCACCUGUGCUCGCUCCCAGAAAAAGCAAGGAAGAUUUUCGCGACAUCAUGGUCAGGUUAUUGAAGGGAGAGAAGCCCAUCUUACAGGGAUGCCCCGACUUUCAAGUGGAGCCUCCACACUGCGCCAAGUGCCACAUUUUCGACCCCCAAAAGGGUUUACCCCAAAAGCAAGCCACAAAACAUCGACCUAGUAGCCUAAUGCAGUUCCUCGAAACUUGCGUCUCCGAAGGGAAUGAAAGGGAGGAUUCAGAUCUCGAAAUGGAUACAAAUCCUUGCGCUCAUUCUGCUCGGGAGCCCAAGCUCUUCGAUCUGGGACUUUUGUGCAGUAAUUGCGCGAGGUUCAACUAUCGCGAGUUGUUUGGCUCGCUGCACAGGACUCAAUUGGACGACGAGCGGAUGCGUCUGAAGGAGGCCUUUGUAAGAGCCAUCGACGAUGAUGUUCAGUACCUCAGUGCGGCCCUAAGUGGCGAGGAAGAGGGUUCCCUGGAUGCCUUGGUGGACCGAGCAGCCAAGCGGGUUUUCGCGCGGGAUGUUAAGACCUUUCACAAGGAGCUGCAAAAGUUGCAUCGGGAAAGGGCGGCAAAAAUGAACAAGUCCGAUUCUCGUUUGAAUUUUGGCCAAGAGUUCUACGAUCCCGAGAACAUUCCCUUGAUGAAGGAGAUGCUCAGGCUGGGCCUGGAAAAGGUGGCCCAGGACAAGAGAUAUGUGUUGCCCACCCUGCCCGAUGUCCACUCCGUUCCCUACCUCAUCGAAUGGAUACGAUUGCGUUAUGGAAAACGCUAUUCUUAUGCGGAAAAGGAGCAGAUUUUGAAUAGGGAUAAGCUGGUCAUGGAUCAAAUAAUCUGGAUGAUGCACACCAACCUCGCAAAGAUACCUUCCCAGCCGGUUGGUGACAACUUCACUGACUUGGCCAAACUGCGGGAGCUGAGCAGGAAGUACAGGGAAUGCCAUACCAACAAGUUCCUAGAAGCCAUCAUGGAAGUGGAGAGGGUCUUCUACUCGGCCAUGAAGCCCCAUCUCUGCAAUUUGGCAACCGAGGAGACCUUUCUAGCCUACUUGCCCGCCCAUUUCCACGACCUGGGCUUCACUGUAAACACUGUCAACUGAGCAAUGGCCAACUAUUACAAAAAUAUGCCUUUUUUUCAGUACUUAGUUCCACUUGGGUAAUUGCUGUUGUUCGCAAAUCAUCGCAUUUGAUUGCGGCUGUGUUCACUUAGGAGUGCUUAUG